UAGUGAAAAUGUCAAAAAGUCUCAACGGUGAAGUUUCGGUGAUCAGAUUUCAGUUAAUUAUUUUGGUUAUUUCACUUUUAAAAUAAGUUAAAUGCAAUAUUUAAACUUUUCAAUGUGGAGCAUGGUUUUUGCGGAGAAACUGUAACCACCCGACAGAUUAUAAAUAAAAAAAAUCAGCAAAGUGACUCAUCCGGUAUAGUUGAAACUAUUAAAUUUUCUACUUUAAGAUGGGGAGUGAAGCAAAAAUUUCGAAGGCAGAGCAGUUCAUACAGAAUCUGAAUGCGAUAAAUGCCAAGAAACUGGCCCUAUUGAUGGUUAUUGGUUUCAUCAUUUACCACGGGUUGUUACAUUUACGAUACGGCAGCGAUUCGUGCAAAUGGUUGUUGAGCGAUGGAAGAUUCAAGGGGGAUAAGGAAUGGCAACCUUUCGGAUGUAUGCUUCACAAGUAUACCGAGACCGAUACGAGAAAAUGCUUCCGGUAUUUAGCGUUUUGGGGCAAUCAGAACCACUUUGUCUUUAUCGGCGAUGUUCGAAUCCGAACCUUAUAUCUUGAGAUGAUCAACCAUCUUAAACCAAGCGAUAUCAGCAACGCAUCGAUUCAGUCAACCUUGGGGAAAACAGAAAAUCUACAGUUUGUUGAUUACAAACUUCGUCUGCAGGUAAACUACAUCUAUGCAAAUGAAGUGUCCAAGACGAUGAUCGACGAAUUCAUCAAAUGGCAGCAUGAGGAAGAUCCACCCAGUUUGAUUGUUGCCAGCUGCACCUAUUCAACGUUCCACAAUGGAAAUGUAACCAAAGAGUUGCAGAAAGCAUUCGAGAAAAACUUAACGCGGAUGGUAAAACCGAUCGAUAAUUUGGUCAGUAAAAAGUCUAAAGUGAUAUGGAAACUGCAGGAUCCAAUUGAUCACGAACACAUCAAUGACGAAUGGAAAAAUGUACAGAAUGAAGAUAUUGAUCGCAUCAAUCAGGUGGUGUACGAUAUCCUGGGAUAUUCGGAUGCCAAGAUUUGGUCGUCAUCUAAAAUGAUAGCGUCUGGGCUGGUGGAUGAAUUUGUUGAUGGACACAAGCUGGGCGUGUUGGCCUUAAAACACGAUGUGCAAAUACUGCUGAACAUGUACUGUAAUGAUUACAUGAACUAUAAUGACGGAACUUGCUGCAGUAGUGCCGAACCAUACACAAUAAUUCAAAUUAUUACCUAUGCAUUAUUGGGAGUUUGUUUGGCUAUCGCCGUGGCGAUGAUUGUUCGUCGAUGGUUGCUGAAGUUCCGUGGAAUCAAUGUGUACAUGCCAUUGAGUCAAACCGCAACCGGGCCUAUCGCUUGUGCACCGGCUAACUCCCAGUCACCAGUUCUGGCACUAGCAUCAUUAACCGUGAUAAUGGCAUACUUUUACCUCUGUGAUCGUACCAACUUUUUUAUGAAAGAGAACAAAUAUUAUUCGGAAUUUAGCUUCUGGAUUCCGGUUGGAUACGUGUUUGUGCUGGGAAUAUUCUUCACCGAAGAUAGCAAAUUUACCAAAGUGCUACACCGAGAUCAAACAGAUGAGCUGAAAGGCUGGAUGCAGCUUGUCAUUCUGAUAUAUUACAUGACGGGUGCUUCACAUGUGCUGCCGAUCUACAUGCACAUAAAAGUACUUAUAAGUGGAUAUCUGUUCCUAUCGGGAUUUGGACAUUUUACAUAUUUUUGGCAGACUGGUAACACAGGGAUUGUACGUUUCCUGCACGUAAUUUUCAAGAACAACUUUUUAACUGUUGUGCUAUGUUUAUGUAUGAAUCGGCCGUACCAAUUCUACUAUUUCGUACCUCUUCUUUCAUUCUGGUAUUGUAUGGUAUAUUUCCUGCUUACGAUUCCGCCGAGAGUUACAGCACAAAGUUCGGAUAAUAAUGCGUACCAAUAUCUAUACGUGGUUCUGAAAUUCGUGUGCCUGCUUAGCGUGAUAACUGUACUGUAUAUGAGCGAAGUUUUCUUUGAACGCAUCUUCGUCACUCGCCCAUGGAAGGCACUGUUUGUCACAACUGAUGACGAUAUCCAUGAAUGGUGGUAUCGAUGGAAGCUAGACAGAUAUACAAUUACAUACGGUAUGAUUUUCGCUGCCAUAUUUCACAUCGCUCAAAAGUAUUACUUUUUUGAUGAUAACAAUCACGGGAAUUUAUUCUCAAGAAGAAUCUCUCUAACAUCAACAUUGGCCGCGAUCAUUGGAAUCGGAUUUUACGCCACGUGGAGCUUCUUCUGCCGUAAUAAACAGGAUUGCGAAGAGAUUCAUUCUUAUGUGGUGUUCAUUCCAAUAGUCGGAUAUAUACUGCUACGAAAUAUCUCCGGAAUUUUGCGCACCAGAUAUUCAACGUUUUUUGCCUGGUUUGGACGGAUUUCGUUGGAGCUAUUCAUCUGUCAGUAUCACAUUUGGCUGGCUGCGGAUCGGAAUGGAGUUCUCGUUCUACUGCCUGGAUUUCCUACGCUUAACGUGUUGAUAACUUCGUUCAUCUUCGUGUGUGUUUCUCAUGAAAUUCACCGACUCACUACUGUACUGCUACCUUAUGCGGUGCCUAACGACUGGAAGCUGGCGCUGCGCAACAUGCUGAUAUUUAUUAUAGUGCUUAUUCCAAUUGGACGAUACGACGGCAUGUUUUAGGUAUAGGUGACAAUUCAAUCCCUCUUUCUCACUAACAAUAAGUUUAAAUGUUCUUGUAGGAAAUGAUCAUCUAUGUAAAUCUAAACUUCGUUUCGCAAGCAAUUAUGAAAAUUAAUAUAAUAACCAUAAUAAUAAUAAUAAUAAUAUAAUUUUCAAACACACUAACCAUAAUAAUAAUAAUAAUAAUAUAAUUUCCUUACACUGAAAAAAAAACCAUUCAGUAAGAGUAUUCUUAAUAAAAAGUUGGAAAACCACCACAUUAACAACGUAUCGUUUAUUUCCAAAACCGGUUCUUCUAUUCGUACGUUUACUCGUAUAAUUUCCACAAAAAUGUCGCGAAAACAAUUGCUGGUUCAUAAAAAUGACACUUUUUCAUACACAGCAAAAAAAUUCUAAAAGAAUACGCAAUCUAAAAUACGAGUGAUCUACUUUUUGACCAGUGUAAUUCAAAACUGAUGUAAUUUUACACUCUUUUUGAUCUAUUUUUGAAUCGUUAGUAUAAGCUUAUUUUUUUAUGAUGUAUGUUUACACGCCCUGACCUAAAAAAUAUAUCUCAAUAUAAAAUUACAUCGAAAACAAUGUAAAACACGAUAGAUCCAUUGUUUUCCUUUUUUUCGCGGCAUAAAUUGUUCUGUUUUUAUCCGAGAUGGUGGUUUAUUGUGCGAAAAGAAAAAAUAAACGCUUCCGCAGUUAAUUUUGUAUUAAAACUGAACCAAAUUCUUUCAGAAUUGAAUUAAAAAAUGGUAGGUUAUAGUUAUAGACGAAAUGAAAAAAAAAUGGAACUUCAAAUUCUCUUUCGAUUGAGGAAUUGCAGUUUUAUAAAUGGAUCAAAAGCCGAAUCAAUGUUGAAUGUUUCUAAUGUUUAAGGGAUUCCGAUUACUAUGCUGUUCCGGAAGGAUUCAAGAAUACUGCCUGACGCUGAUCGGCAAAACAUCGCCCUGCUGGGGAUCAUCGGACACAACCACAAUUCCAGGUGCCAGUGAUGGUGGGUGUUUUUUGAGUUUGCAGUGUAUCGGCAAUAUAUGUUCAAUAAAAUGA